AUGUACCCGCAGUGGCUGCUGCUCUGCCUGGUCUCAGGUGCCGUGGCAAAAGCUAAGGAAGAAUUUGGAGGGGGUGCCAGCCUGGAGGAUGAACUCAGCUGUCCCAUCUGCCUGUCUCUGUACAGGAACCCAGUGUCGCUGAGCUGCGGUCACAGCUUCUGUAAGCAGUGCAUCCAGCAGGCACUCAGUGCCCAGCAGCAAUCCAAAGCCCCUUACUCCUGCCCCAUGUGCAAGCUCCAGCUGGGGCCCAUCCUGGAGCUGCAGAAGAAUUUCCAGCUGUGCAGCACCGUGGAGGCAUUUCUGGCCACCGCUCCCAAAGUACAACAGAAUGAGACUGCAGAGGGGAAGAAGGAAGUGGUUCCCUGUGACUUCUGCCUGGAUUGGGCCCAGCCAGCAGUGAAAAACUGCCUGAUCUGUGAUGCGUCUUUGUGCCAGGCCCAUCUAAACAAACACAGUGCCAAGGCUUCCCAGCAGGAACACAUCCUGGUGGAGGUGGGAGCCGGCGGUGCGGUGCAGGAGAGGAGGUGCGUGGAGCAUGGCAGGCUGCUGCAGUGCUACUGCCAGGAUGAGGGACAGUACAUUUGCGUGCUCUGCUCUUUUGCGGCAUGCCACAAGGGCCACAAUAUCAUCACCCUGAAGGAGGCACAUGACAAACAGCUGGGUGAAUUCUCAGACAUCGUGACAUGGCUGCAGGAACAUAAAAGCGCUUUAGCUACUGCCCUAGAAGAGCUUCAGAAAAAUGAGAAUCAGCUCAAGACCAAUACAAAACCAGUGACUUCUCAGCUGCAAAAGCUGUUUCAAGAGGUGAAGACAGAAAUUACUCAGAAAGAGAUGAUCCUGAGUGACAUUCAAUCCAAUGAGAAAAAUCAACUGGCAGACAUUACCAAAGUGAAGAAGGAGAUGGAACAGAGGAAAGAUGAGGCUGCGCAGCAUCUUCAGUCUUUGCAGAAGAUGAGAGAGCAACAAGAUAUUUUCAUCUUUGUCAAACAAUUGAAAGUUCCCAUCCAGGAUUGGAUUUCGAGUCAGAAUUUCAGCAUCAGGAGGAUGGACGUAGUGGUCGCGCAGCUGGAUCAGGCCAGGAUCCACCACUAUCGACGCCUGAUGCGGGACUUUGUGAAUCGCCUGAGCUUGCUGAUGCAAGGCGUGCACACCCCCAUGCGUGGCUCAUCCGAGUUAGGCAUCGAGUUGGAGGAGUGGGAGUAUGAAACAGGGCAGGAGCUGGAGAAAAGCAUUGAUGCCUUGCUAGAAAUACCUGAUAGGUGUGGAGAGUGA